AUGACAUUGCAAUCGAAGAGUUUCGGUUCAAAAUGUGAAUUGACUGAAAAAUUUAUGCAAUCGGUACUCAAAUGUGGUGUCGUUGAAUCUGUUAUGGCUUGGGUGAAAUUCAAACAACAAGAGUCACUCGAUAAAAAAUGCUCUGCAAAAAGAACGAGUAGAUUAAAGGGUUUACCAAAACUGGAAGAUGCAAACGAUGCAGGCACAAAGAAUUCGGCACUCUGCACGCUGAUUCUAACUGAGGGAGAUUCAGCAAAGAGUUUGGCUGUUUCCGGUUUAGGUGUUAUUGGACGUGACAAAUACGUGAAUGCCCUCUUGAAAAUAGUCGGCUUACAAUAUCGUUUGAAAUACGAGAAAGACGAUGAAAUGAAAACACUUCGUUAUGGAAAAAUUAUGGUUAUGGCUGAUCAGGAUCAAGAUGGUUCUCACAUUAAAGGUCUUGUCAUCAAUUUCAUCCACUAUAACUGGCCAGCAUUGAUAAAACGCAGUUUUGUUGAAGAAUUCAUAACACCCAUCGUUAAGGCGACAAAAGGUAAAGAAGGAAGGUCCAAAGAGGAGUAUUCAUUCUUUUCACUGCCCGAAUAUGCUGAAUGGCGAAAUAAUACGGAGAACUGGAAAACAUACCGUAUCAAAUACUACAAAGGUUUGGGUACUUCGACAUCGAAGGAAGCAAAAGAAUAUUUCUCGGAUAUGAAGAGACAUCGCAUCAAAUUCAGAUAUGACGGUGAAGAGGAUGACAGAUCUCUGGAUAUGGCUUUCAGUAAGAAACGAAUUGAGGAUCGAAAAGUGUGGCUAACGAAUUGGAUGGCUGAACGAAAAGAUCGACGUGAGCAAGGCUUGACCGAGGAGUAUUUGUAUGAUAAGGAUACACAAUCGGUAUCAUUCAAGGAUUUCGUCAACAAAGAAUUGGUGUUGUUCUCGAAUUUGGAUAAUGAGCGAUCGAUUCCGAGUCUAGUUGAUGGACUAAAACCUGGGCAACGAAAGGUAAUGUUCACAUGUUUCAAACGAGCUGAUAAAAAAGAGAUAAAAGUUGCUCAAUUGGCCGGCGCUGUCGGUGAGAUGUCCGCGUAUCAUCACGGUGAAGCAUCACUGAUGAUGACAAUUGUAAAUUUGGCACAAGAUUAUGUCGGUUCAAACAAUAUCAAUUUGUUGUUGCCAAUUGGUCAGUUUGGUACGAGAUUGCAAGGAGGAAAAGACAGUGCUAGUCCACGUUAUAUUUUUACGCAGCUCAAUCCAGUCACAAGAGCGCUGUUUCCAUCGGUCGACGAGCAUGUACUUCGUUUCUUACACGAGGAAAAUCAACGUAUUGAACCUGAAUGGUAUUGCCCGAUAAUACCGAUGGUAUUGGUGAAUGGCGCAGAGGGUAUAGGUACGGCGUGGUCAACGAAAGUACCGAAUUACAAUCCGAGGGAGAUUGUCGACAAUAUUCGACGAAUGAUUCACGGAGAACAGCCAAAUCAUAUGGUUAUUGCAAUUUAUCGUUAA